CCGGUUUUAAGGGAAUUUGUACCGUGUACGGUCAGAACCACUGACCGGACAUCAAAAGUCCGGUUCUUGCGAAUCUUGCUUACUCACUGUUCAUUGCCGUUUGGGUAUUUCACUGUGCAAACGUUUUUUUUUUUUUUUAAUCGGUCCGUUAAAUUUGAGAACUACACUGAAAUAUAUUCUGCGUUAUGUUGCCAUUCACUGCUUAGCGGGAUCCGAUUACUGAGCAUCUACUAUUAAACAAAUAAAAUAAAUAAAUAAAUAAAUAUCACACACAGCAUAUAUAAUGAGACAGCGUGCGUCUAUUGCAGUAAUAUUGUUUCAAUUUACGGUACUCGCAUUGCGGUGUUGCUGUAUAAUCUACACAGACGUGGUAGCAUACAUUUAAACACAGGAUAAGAUUAAAAACAAGGAUAUUUUAGCGUCCUGGAGAAUAUUGAAAUCCCGUGACACCUUCCUCAAAACCGGGAUGAUCCAGGGAAAACAGGGACAGGUGCCUCAAGGCUAUCCUAUCCUACGAAAAAAUCAUGGUUAAGCUUUGAGAGAUGGCUGAUUUUCUGGCAGGCCUCUGCCACACAGACCCACUCGACCCCUUGCCAGUUUGGGAAAAUGGCACCUUUGGACUGUGCUUUAACCAGCUGUUUCUAAAUGCAUUGCCACACACUCUGCUUGCUGUCUCCAGUGCGUGGUACCUAAGUGCCCCAAGAUGGAACAGGCGUUUGGGCUGUGCAUCGUGUGGCUGGAGCUGCAGGGCUGCUGCAUCGUUCCUUCUGGCGCUGCUCUUCCUUGUAGACGUCGCUGUGCUUCCCUUCCUUGGCGACCCCUCCCUCUAUCUGGUCGUGUUGGCUGAUGGAGUUUCUGCGCUGGCGUGGAUCGUCCACGGGGUGGCGCUGGUGAUCCUUCAACGGUCGGUCUAUGGAAUGACCAGGGGCCCGUCCACACUGCUGGUUCUAGCCCUCUUGCCUGUCGUUACUCUGAUCAUCACUUUAGUAUCGUACUGCCAGGAUAGCAGCUACCUUGAUCCCACGCAACCUUUGCGGCUCCUGCGCCUGGUUCUGUUGUCGGCCCAGCUGUUUCUUCUGCUGAUGUACCUGGUUGCGUUUGCACUUCCACGGUGUGUAGAAGACCUUUCUCUUUCCAUCAACGACUCGGAUAACGCACCGCUGUUGCCGGGAUCAAGCUUCUUGGGGCAGGAUGGGCAGAUCAUCGCGGAGGAUGGAAGCAGUUGGGUCUCUCAGCUCUUCUAUUUGUGGUUGAACCCCUUGAUGAAAAGGGGCCAGCGGCAGGAGCUGAAUAGGCCCUCCGACGUCUACCUCCUCCCUAGGAAGCUCCGUACCAGAGUCAUCCGGGACCACUUCGACCGCUGCUUGGAGACGUGCAGGCAGGAAAGAGCGGAGAGUGAGGCAGCACUUCUGAACAAGAGGGUGCAUGUUGCUGGGAGAAACAUCCAGAAUGGGUCGUGGAGCAGGCCAGACCAACUGGAGGAUGAGUGGGUAGAACACGGGACAGACAUUGAAGAACCGGAGGUCCAGCUCCUGUGGGUCCUGCACAAGGCGUUUGGUUUGAGGUACUAUUUGCUGGGUUUGCUGAAGCUGGCUGGGAGCAUGCUGGGAUUCACCGGGCCGCUCUUGCUAAACGAGCUCGUGGGUUUCAUGGAGUCCGGAAGCGCACCCAUUAGCCGCGGGGUGUGGUGCGCCUUGUGGCUCUUUGCCAGCACCUUCAUGGGGGCCGUCCUCCGGAACUGGUUCACCUUCGAAGUUCUGAAGGUCUCCCUGUCGGUCCGUGCCGCCGUCAUCUCCGCCAUCUACCGCAAGGCCCUGCAGGUCAGCAGCACCACCCUGGCACGCUUCAGCCUGGGCGAGGUGGUCAACUUCAUGAGCACGGACACCGACCGCCUGAUCAACUUCUUCCCCAGCUUCCACGAGUUGUGGAGCCUGCCUGUCCAGUUCGCCAUCACUCUGUACCUGCUCUACCUGCAGGUGGGCGUGGCGUUCCUGGGCGGGCUGGCCCUGGCACUGCUACUGGUGCCUCUCAACAAGGUCAUCGCCAGCCGCAUCAUGGAGAACAACAAGCACAUGCUCAGGCACAAGGAUGCCCGUGCCAAGCUGAUGACUGAGAUCCUGUUUGGCAUGCGUGUGAUAAAGUUCUACACGUGGGAGAAGCACUUUCAUGAGAAGAUCUCUGCCUGCAGGAGGGAGGAGCUGGCGAGGCUGAAGACCAUGAAAUACCUGGAUGCUGUCUGCGUGUACACCUGGGCUGCGCUGCCUGUAGUCAUCUCCAUCCUCACUUUCAUCACAUAUGUACUGCUUGGCCAUGAGUUGACUGCAGCCAAGGUUUUCACUGCCCUGGCACUGGUUGGCAUGCUGAUCCUGCCCCUCAAUAAUUUCCCCUGGGUUGUGAACGGGACAUUAGAGGCCAAGGUGUCUCUGGAUCGAAUCCAGCGCUUCCUCCAGCUAUCAGACCAAGAUUUAAACUCCUAUUACAGCCUUGUGGCUCCUGAGGAUCCGCAGACAACCAUUGAGAUGAAGAAAGUCACCUUCUCCUGGGCUGCUCAAGGGGCCAGUGACCCCCCGGAGACCUUUGCAGGGGACUGCCGUGCGAAGGGGAGUCUGCAGCUCUGCAGCCUGAACCUCCGCAUCAGGAAGGGGGCGCUGGUGGCUGUUGUUGGCAAGGUGGGUUGUGGGAAGAGCUCCCUGCUGGCAGCAAUCACAGGAGAACUCAACAGGUGUGAGGGUGUGGUGUAUGUACAGGGGCGAGACCAGGGCUUCGGCCUGGCCAUGCAGGAGCCCUGGAUCCAGCACGCCACUGUCCAGGAAAACAUCCUCUUCGGCAAGGACUACAACGCCCGCUUCUACCAGGCUGUCAUUGAGGCCUGUGCGCUCACCGAUGACCUGAACAUAUUACCAUCAGGGGACCAGACUGAAGUUGGUGAAAAUGGAGUGACUCUCAGUGGGGGACAGAAGGCUCGGCUGGCACUGGCCAGAGCUGUUUAUAUGGAAAAAGACAUCUACCUUCUAGAUGAUCCACUGGCUGCUGUUGACGCCGAUGUAGCCAAUCACCUCCUGGAGAAGUGCAUUCUGGGAAUCCUCAAGCACAAGACCACAAUCCUUUGUACCCACCGUAUUGAGUUCCUGGAAAAGGCAGAUGUCGUCGUUCUAAUGGAUGAUGGGAAAAUUGUCAAAACAGGUACCCCUGCCGAAAUUCUCCCUCUGGUUGAAGCAGUUCCCAAAGAGAGGAAGAAUAAUGAGAACAAAAAGGAAAAAGACAGUGUUCAGAGUGAGCAGGAGCUGGAGCAGCCCCCAGAGCAGGCCCCCGUAGUGGACAGCCUCAUUGAGGAGGAGCAGAAGCAGACAGGCGCCGUGGCGCUGCGGGUUUACAAGGCAUACUGGCUGGCGGUGGGCGGCUGCCUGGCUUUCUCCAUCCUCUUCUCUCUAUUGCUCAUGCAAUCCUCCAAGAACAUCUCAGACUGGUGGCUCUCCAACUGGAUAUCAAAUCUGAAGAAGCAGGACAACACCUCCAAGAGUGACCUCUUGCCUGCUGACCUUUCACCCCGGUUACUGCUCUUCUCUCCCGGAGGUCUAUUGUACCCCGUUACCCUGUCAGAAACAGACACCCUCACACACAACAGCACCUCGGACCUGAAAUUCUACCUCACCGUGUAUGGCUCCAUCGCAGCGGCAAAUUCCAUCUUCACAGCCGUCCGUGCAUUUCUCUUCGCUUACGGAGCCAUCUGUGCAGCAACAGCCAUUCACAACAGGCUGUUGGACCGAGUUCUGAAGGCGACUGUGACGUUCUUCGACACUACACCGUUGGGCCGCAUCAUGAACCGCUUCUCGUCGGACGUGUACAGCGUGGACGACACGCUGCCCUUCAUCCUCAACAUCCUGCUGUCCAACCUGUUCGGGCUGCUGGGCAUGCUGGUGGUGAUGAGCUACGGGCUGCCCUGGAUCCUGCUGGUCCUGGUGCCACUGGGCGUCCUCUACUACUACAUCCAGCACUACUACCGGCACACCUCCCGAGAACUCAAGCGCCUCUACAGCCUCACGCUCUCCCCCAUCUACACCCAGUUCUCAGAGACACUGACCGGGCUGAGCACCAUCCGGGCAAGCCGGGCCGCACCCAGGUUUGAACUGGAGAACGAGAAUCGUCUGGAGAGCAACCAGCGAUGUCUGUUCGCCAGCAACUCUGCCAUGCAGUGGCUGGACAUGAGGCUGCAGAUGAUUGGAGUUGCCGUGGUUACCUCCAUUGCUGUGAUUGCGGUUAUCCAGCACCAGAUGAAAUCUGUCGAUCCAGGUCUGGUUGGCCUGGCCCUGUCGUAUGCCCUGUCAGUCACUACCCUGCUCUCAGGACUCAUCUUCAGCUUCACGCAGACCGAGACUCAGCUGGUGAGUGUGGAGCGGACGGAGGAGUACUCCACAGACAUCCCCAUCGAGCCGCAGGAGGGGCUCAUCCAGGUGGCCCCUGCGUGGCCUCAGCAGGGGCUUAUUGAGUUCCAGGGGGCAGUGCUGGUGUACCGGGCCGGUCUCCCCAAUGCCUUGGAUGGGGUGGACCUGCUGAUCCAGCCCGGGGAGAAGGUGGGGAUCGUGGGGCGCACAGGCUCGGGGAAGUCCACCAUGUUCCUGGCGCUGUUCCGCAUGAUGGAGCUGAACGAAGGGCAGAUCCUCAUCGACAACGUCGCCACCCACAUGGUCGGGCUGCAGGAGCUCAGGUCAAAGCUGGCGAUCAUCCCUCAGGACCCCUUCCUGUUCAGCGGAACAGUCCGGGAGAACCUGGACCCCUGGGGCCGGCACUCGGAGGCUGUGCUGCUGGACGUGCUGGAGCAGUGCCACCUGAGAGAGGUCGUCACGCGCAUGGGUGGGCUGGGAGUGGAAGUUGGGGAGAAAGGGAAGAGUCUUUCUGUGGGGCAGAGGCAGCUGGUGUGCCUGGCCAGAGCACUGCUGACACAAGCCAAGGUUUUGUGUAUUGAUGAAGCUACAGCCAGCGUGGACCAGAAAACGGACAAAAUCCUCCAGCAAACCAUCCGGGAGAAAUUCAGAGACAAGACUGUCCUCACAAUUGCUCACAGAUUGAACACUAUCAUGGAUUCGGACAAGGUGCUGGUGAUGCAUGCUGGGAAGGUGGUGGAGUUUGACACCCCAAAGGUUCUGUGCCAGAGAGAGGAUUCCUUCUUCUACAAGCUGGUCCACAGCAGGGUGGAGUGAGCUCUCAACAGAGGACUGGGACUUUCACAAGAACCCACUAACUGUGAAGAGUGGGCCAGCCAGCCGAGGAGGAUCGGUUCAGUGCUGGCAGGCAGUACUCUUCACUGCUGGGUGGUAAGGUUGUUAUAAUUGGAUAAAGCAGGACAUGCUCCACAUCCAAGGAAGCUGACCCAGCUUGUGAACUCGAGGUCCUCUGGGUUAAUUACUCUGUUGUUAAUUGGAUUUUAAUCCCUUGUAAUAUAAUCUCAGUCAUUUGGAUAACAGAAUACUGUCACUCGCACAUUUGCACUACAUGUUAACCAAGGGCUUUUACACAGAUUAUUAUAAAAUGCAGUUGAUGAAGUAAAUCGAGCCCUAAGUAACAGAUGUAUGCAGCAUGGAUCAUCUGCAGUCUAAUCAAGCCCAAGAAUAUACCCUCAGUUUGUAGAGAUGCAUUCACUCUGUGAAAUUGAUCUGGGCUGUGCGAGUGAAUUCAUUCAUAUUAUGAGAUACAUUAAUCAUGAUUUUUUUUUUUUUACCGUUUUAAAAUUCCUUAAAGUUUUUUAAUCUGUACCAAUUGAAUUCAUAAUUAUAUACAGUAUAAUCGGACUGGUUAAUCGUGUCUAAAUCAUGUUUUCAUUGGAAUUACUGUGCAAAACAACAUUACUUUUUUAAACUAAGUCUGGGUUGACAAAUGCAGCUGGAAUUGCUGGUGGUUGGCCACUUGUAGGUGGAUUUGACUAAUUUAUUUAUAACUCUCCUCCAGUGUUGAGGAAAAAUCUUAAGUCACAAGCACAACUGCCCCCCCGUUACUCCACCACUCUUUUGAAUGUCUGGCCCCUUGUUUGUGCUUCACAUCAGCGAAACUGCAUUCUCACAAAUGUCAUGAAAAUGUCUUCUGUUUGGAAUUGCUGCUACUUGCUUCUUGUAAUAUUGUAGAUAAUAUCAAAAAUGUAAUUAUCCGUGUAAUAAGAUCUGUAUAUAAUAAGGUACGGGUAUUAGCUGUAGCAUUUUAGCAGCUCAGGAGAGUGGGAAUAUGUUGUAUCAGUUUGGUUAUUUUAAUAGAUUUAACAGAUCAAUAAAUGCAAGUACUCUGUAGUUCUGUUCUUUCUGUCUGCCAGUCUUUGAUUUGAUCUUUGCUGCAGCUGAGACCUGAAGCAGAGAGCUAACAAUUGAUUGUGUGUCUGCAGAGAUGGAAAUAAUAGUCCUAUUGCAUAGCCGUUUCACCCAUUCCAGGGUUUACUAUGAUCUGGAUUAGCCACAGUAUAUAGGUAACAAACUCAGGUGUCUUAUUAAACGCAUAAUAAAAUCAGGAAUUGAUUCAACUGCUAGGCAAUGGGAGUCUUACUUCUAUUCCUGCUCUGUCAGUUGUUGUUGGAGCAUGUCUAUGAUAAUGGUGCUCGUUUCAUCCAUAUGCAAUAGCCAUCUGUUUUCAUAAUGCUCUCAUUAUUCCAUGUAAAUGAAGCUGAUGUGGGGAAAUGUGGGGAAAUACCAAUUUAAUGAUGAAGGCAAGCCUCAAAAACUCUUUCUGUGUGAAGGUAGUACAACUAUUAUUAAAAUCAUUUGGAUUUCUGAUCAUCUUAUUUGUUAAUAAGAUUUUGUAAAAUAAAAACAAUUAAAAUUGCACUGUAGCACAUAAAUCAAUGAAGCUGAGUGCAAGCCCUUCCCUUCUUCUAUGAGGAGGCUGUGUGGUCCAGUGGUUAAAGAAAAGGGCUUGGAACCAGGAGGUCCCCGGUUCAAAUCCCACCUCAGCCACUGACUCAUUGUGUGACCCUGAGCAAGUCACUUAACCUCCUUGUGCUCCAUCUUUCGGGUGAGGCGUAGUUGUAAGUGACUCUGCAGCUGAUGCAUAGUUCACACACCCUAGUCUCUGUAAGUCGCCUUGGAUAAAGGCGUCCGCUAAAUAAACAAGUAAUAAUAAUAAUAAUCGAAAUAGUCGUAAUUCCAGUAAUACAUUUCAGACUACUUAAAGGCUGUUUUGCUUGUUAGUUGCUAACAUUAUUGUUAAUGUUUUUAAACACUUCGAUGGUUUGCAUUUUUUUCCAUUAACAUAGACGUGCACCUUUCCAUGUACUGUACAUUUGUAAUCAAAAUUGAAAGGUUUGAGUGUUAAGUUUUAUAAAUGUGAACUUUUUUGUAUUCUGCAACAUUAAAGAUCCAAUACAGACUACACAGGGAAA